UGUCCUGGGGUCACGUGCUGAGGAAGCGGCGCUCCCAGGGCCGGCCCCGGCCCCAGCAGCGGAGUGUGCGGGCCCGGCGCGGGCCCGGCCCGGGGGCUGCGGGCAGCAGGGCAGCGCGUCCCCUCGGCCGUGGGGCUGGCAGGGAGGGUCUGACCCCUGUGUGCAGCAUGCAGGAGACGGAGCGCGAGGCUGCGGGGCAGGCACUGGAGGGGGGCCCGGCCCUGCCCGACGCCCAGAUGGAGUCGCUCGCCCCCCCCAAGUCCCCGGCCUUCGACCUCUUCAGCCUGGUCCUGUCCUCCAAGCGGCUGGAGAUGUACCUGGAGCCCCUGCAGGACGCCUGGGAGGGGGUCCGCUUCCUGCUAAGGUGGCAGAUGCCCCUGUGCUCGCUGCUCACCUGCCUGGGCCUCAACUUCCUGCUGCUCACCCUGACUGAAGCUGCCUGGUUCUCGCUGUGCGCCCUGCUGGUCCUGCUACCCGCCCUGCUGGGCUACCUGCGGGAGACAUGCCGGGUCCGCCGGCCGGAGUCGGAGCUGGUGCGCCAGAGGUACCACAGCGUGCGGCGUGAGGACGUGCAGCAGGUGCGGCUGGCGCGGCACGAAGCCGUCGCUGAGGUGAAGAGAUUCCUGAUCCACCUGGAGGGCUUCCUGAGUUGGCUGUGCUGUGCCUGCGAGGGGGCGUACCGCGUGCUGCACUGGGAGACCCCCGCCUUGUCGUCCCAGUUCUAUGGGGCGCUGCUGGGCUCCCUCUGUGUCCUGUACCUGCUGCCCCUCUGCUGGGUCCUCGCCCUGCUCAACAGCACCCUCUUCCUGGGGAACGCCGAGUUCUACCGAGGGGGUGAUGCCGCAGCCUGGCACCCAACGAGGCCGAUGUGAGGGCAGUGGCUGGCUCUGGGCUCAGACCGCCAACGCUCCAGUCGCCAUCCUGUCCCCUCUGCCGAGCUAUGGACUCGCUUGGCCCCUCA